AUGAUAUUAGAAGCGGUGAACGGCGAUGAAACGACUGUGUUUAAAGCGGUUGCCGCUUCCGUGCUGGUUCGAGUCGAACCUGUGGGUCGCUGGUUCGAAGCCUUUGUGAAGAGGAGAAACAGGAACGUGUCGACCUCCUUCCAGGAGUUGGAAGAGGAGUCGUCAUCCUCCGAGGAGUCUGAUGAUGAGGACUUUCAGCUAGAAGAGCAUCCAAAACUCCGAACACUUGAUCCAAAGGACUGUAAGAAUCAAGAUCACUACGCCGUCCUCGGUCUUCCGCACUUGAGAUACAAAGCUACUCAGAAACAAAUCAAAGCUGCCCACAAAGCCAUUGUGUUAAAGCACCAUCCUGACAAAAGGAAAGCUGCAGGAGAGCAGAUUUCAGAAGGCGACAAUGAUUAUUUCACGUGUAUAACUAAAGCUGUAGAAACACUCUCCGACCCGGUAAAGAGGCGAGCCUUUGACAGCGUGGAUCCCACAUUCGACAACAGCGUACCGUCCAAAAGCGAAGGCAAAGAAAACUUUUUCCAGGUGUUUCCUGCAGUUUUUGAGCGGAAUUCCAGAUGGUCCACCAAAAAGCACGUGCCCAAACUCGGGUCGAUCGAGUCUUCCUUCGAAGAAGUGGAUAACUUCUACUCAUUUUGGUACAAUUUCGAUUCAUGGAGGGAAUUCUCAUACUUAGAUGAAGAGGAAAAGGAAAAGGCUGAAUGUCGAGAUGAGAGGAGAUGGAUUGAAAAGCAAAAUCGGGCCUCCAGAGCUCAGAGGAAGAAAGAGGAAAUGAACAGAAUACGAACACUAGUUGACGCCGCCUACAGUUGCGAUCCUCGGAUAAAGAAGUUCAAAGACGAUGAAAAAGCCCGGAAGGAGUCUGAGAAGAAAGCAAAGGCCGAAGCCAAGAAGCGAGAGCAGGAGGAAAAGGAGCGUGCCCGACAAGCUGAGAUGGAGGCUGCUCGAUUGGCUAAGGAGAAAGAAGAUGAAGAAGCCAAGCAGGCGGCCCAGCUAGCCAAAAAAGAGAAGGAGAUCCAGAAGAAAGCCAUUAAAAAGGAGAGGCAGAAGCUCAGGACAACCUGCAAGAACUGGAAUUAUUUUGCUGACAAUGAAGCUGAAAAUGUGAAAAUGAUGGAGGAAGUGGAGAAGCUCUGCGAUAGACUGGAACUCACAAGUCUGCAGUCCCUCAAUGAAAUACUAGCCUCAGCCUCAAAGGAGGACAGUAAGAUUGCAGUAGAGAAGCAGGUGCAGGAGGUGAACGCAAAGCUCCAGAAGGAGCGAGACGCUGAAGUUCAGGCCAUGCAGGCGUCAAGGAGUGGGGACCAGGCUAGCGGAGGAGGUGGAGGGGGUGGCGGGAAAGGCUGGAAUGAGGAAGAUCUUCAGCUGCUUAUUAAGGCGGUCAACCUCUUCCCAGCUGGAACCAACGCAAGAUGGGAAGUUAUCGCCAACUAUAUGAAUAUACACUCGACGAGUGGCAUGAAAAGGACGGCCAAAGAUGUCAUCAACAAAGCCAAGAGUUUGCAACGACUCGAUCCUUUACAGAAAGACGACAUCAACAGAAAAGCUUUCGAGAAAUUCAAGAAGGAACAUAAUGCCGUGCCACCCACUGUGGACAACGCGGUGCCUUCAGAGAGGUUUGAAGGUAACUUGACAAUAAAAGCAUCCCCAUGGACCACAGAAGAACAGAAGCUUCUAGAACAGGCCCUCAAGACAUACCCCGUCAGCACACCUGAACGGUGGGAGAAGAUAGCCGACUCAGUCCCAGGGAGAAACAAGAAAGACUGUAUGAAGAGAUACAAGGAACUGGUGGAGAUGGUUAAAGCCAAGAAAGCCGCGCAAGACCAAGUCGCUAGCAAGAGUAAAAAAUGA